AGCACAUAGCUGCUACCUGCCUAUUAUUUAUUAUCAGUAAGUAUAAGUAGGUAGAUAAUAAUUAUUAUAGGGUAAUACACAACACGAUAAUACGAACAAUGACAUAUUUACAAAACACUUCUCUCACACUUACAAAGACCAAAUUAUGGAUGGAAUUUUUCACUCGUGACUCGUGGCAGUCGUGGCGUAAAGAUGAAAAAUUAUUAGGGAAAAAAUCAACGUGGCAACAUUGAUACGAUUAUACUUAAUGCAUUAAAUACUAUUUACCUAAAAACUUGAUAGUAUAGGUACCCGCGUGUGCAUAAUUAAUAUUUCAAACUACCUAGUACCUACUUAUUCGUUGAUCUUCUCUCUCAUUAUCUACCUAUUUUAUUUGAUGGUUAACAUUUUUUUUUGCUAUUAAUUUAGAUAAUUUUUGCAUACUUUUUUGCUUGGAAAACCUUGAAAUGAAUUGAACCGACGUGUCGUUCGCGUCCUCAUACGAUUAAUUUUAAUUCGAGUUCACCGUUGUAUACGAGUAUCUAAUUCUUUGUUUUAUCUACAAUAAUGAUUUUUGAAAUUGGUUUCAAUUUGUUCACUAUAAUAUGGGUGAUUUUUUUGUUAUACUGUAUCAGAUCUUGCAUCAGACCAAAAAAUUUUCCAACAGUGAUGAUUCGAAUAGGACCAAUAAUUCUUCCAUUUAUUGGAUCUGCGUGGACGAUACCUGCCAAAGGAGUUGAAUUUUCAAUUCCAAAAUGGGUGAAAAAAUAUGGAAAUACAAUAGGUCAUAAAUUAUAUUACGAAAAAUUGGCGAUAUUUUGCGAAAAUGCGGAUAUUUAUGAUGGUUUAAAGCAUCCUAAUUUUCAAGGACGAUAUCAAUCGAAGUUGUUUAUGCAGAGGACCCGUAAUAAACCUUUAGGAUUUUUCUUUAGCGAUGACGAAACUUGGUCCGAAGUGAGACGUUUUACUUUGCGAUAUUUUGGGACAGUUUUUAAUACAGAACUGGAAACUAUUUUGCACGAUGAAUUAUUAGAAGAAUUUAAUUCUAUUCGAUGUGGAAAAAUCACCGAUAUUGACGGAAAAUUUAUGAAAACCCCUCUAAACGUAAUAUUGAGAAUACUGACGGGAACGCACAGGAAAAAUUAUCAACAUCAAAUUGACGAUUUGCAAGCGAAAACAGAAAAAGCCUUCAUUGAGGGGCGAGUAAAUGGUAUCGAAUUAGUAUACCCAAUUUCCAGGGGUUUAUUCAAGAAUUACAUUCAACUGGACGCUAUAAAAGCAGCACAUGGAUUUCUCAAGGAAAGGUUGGAAGAGCAUAAGCAAAAUUUUGAUGAAUUAGACAUCAAAGAUUACACAGAUGCAUUCAUCAAUGAAAGUAAAAAGGAAUUAGAACUUUAUGGAAAAGUUGUUAACUUCACUGACGAUGAAUUCCUGUCUUGUGGUAUAGAUAUGUUACAAGCAGGGAACGAAUCGAGUGGAAAAACAAUUGAAUUUCUUUUAAUGUAUGUCGCUUUGACUCAAAGAGUUCAAGAUGAAUUACACGAAGAAAUCGAUCGAGUGGUCGGUCAAAGUCGAUACCCAACCCUGAACGAUAAAAUCAGGAUGCCUUAUUUGGAAUCGACGAUUUAUGAAGCGAUGAGAAUAAAUCCAAUAUCUCCGAAUGGUGUACUUCAUAGAGUGACCGAAGAUACCCACUUUAAAGGAUAUUUUUUAGAAAAAGAUACGUUGUUAUAUUUUGCUGUAAAAUAUGCCAUGAACGAUCCUAAAAAAUGGAAAAAUCCAGAUGAAUUUAUGCCUGAACGAUUCAUGGGUGGUGAUCGUUCGAAAAAGAGGUUACCAAAUUUCGGUUUGGGUAAACGGUCGUGUAUUGGGGAAGUUUUGGCGAAAAAUUUCAUGUUCCUAUACUUGGCAUAUUUCUUUCAAAGAUAUUCGAUUCAGUUUCCGUCUGGAUACAAGCCAUCGACGUAUCCUAUUUUGGGACUUACGAAUGGACCACAACCUUUCAAACUUAUUAUUUCUGAAAGAAAAAAUGUGAACAGGCUUUAAUGAACAUUUUUUUUUAGAUAGGUACCCACAUUUCCAUCAUUCAGGUACUUGUUCUGCGCUUCUACACUUGAUUGAAAAAUCAGCUUGACCAUUUUUAUUAUUAUUAGGUACUUCAAAAAAUUAAUAGAAAAUAAAAAUUGGAGGAACAUCAGAAUAUAAUUUUCCUACGUAUAUUUGACAACAUUGAUUUAUAUGGUUUAAUUUUGUGUAGUGAGAGGAGGGGAUGCUUUACAAAAAAAAAAGAAAGAAAAUGGCAGUAAGAAUUAGAAUAUUACAGUCCUAGAAAUUUUGAAAACGUUGAAUACAUAUAUUUUUUUGUAGCUAUUUGAAAAUAUCAAUGGGGAAAUAGUCACACAAGUGAUGAAAUAUGAUACCAGGAAGGCAGAAGUAAGAUAUAUUCUUCAAAUGUUGAAGAGAAUAUGGGUCAGUGACUCUUGAAACUGCCAAACGUCCUAACUGCGAAUGCCUUGCUCUAAUUUCGGACAUAAUUUUUCAAAAGAAAUUCAACCGAUAAAAACAAAAUCAGAAAAAGACAGUACCUAAACAAUUUUCUAUCAGAAAAUGAAUAAAAAAUGUGUUCAAAGUUCCAUUUUUUUCUAUUUUCUUUUUCAAUUGUAAAAAAUGCUGUCCGAAAUUAGGACAUUUGACAGUAGGUCUAAAUUUCAGUUUCUGAAAAAUAUUGUACUGGAUGUUCCAAUUGAAACUAGAAUGUAUUACAUACAUUUUUUUUUUUUUUUUUUUUUUUUUUUUUUACAUAUUAUGUAGAUAUAUUAAAUACAACAAUGAAAUAAAAUGUUAAUUAAUAAAGUGUAAAUAAACAUUUAAAAAGCAAGAAAAUAUAUACCACUAUACAGUA